CACAAACCCACCGUAAAAUGUCCACCUCAAUAGCGCACAAAAAGCGCCGUCUCCGAAGCGACUACAUCUACCACCAAACGCACCGAACAAGAUGGUUCGACAACGACAUGUACGCCCACCUCAACAACACAGUCUACGCCAUGCUCUUCGACAGCAUAAUAAACACGUAUUUAAUCACGCACUGCGGGAUGGAUCCCUUCACGCACAACAACCCCACGCUCACUACACCUGACCCCUCCUCCACCACCACCACCACCUCCUCAUCUACACCACCUAAAUUCAAAAGCAGCCAAGUCGGGAUAAUGGUCUCCUCCUACUGCGACUACUUCUCCUCCGUCUCAUUCCCAGAUAUACUAGACCUGGGGCUGCGGGUCACGAAGCUGGGGAAUAGCAGCGUGACGUAUGAAGUCGGGGUGUUUAAGGAGGGAGAGGAAGAAGUCAAGGUUGUUGGGGGGUAUACGCAUGUGUUUGUGGCGAGGGAGACGAUGAGGCCGACGAGGGAGGGGAUGGAGGUGGGUGUUAGGAGGGGGUUGGAGAGGUUGGUUGUGAGCGAUACUGCUGUUGGCGGUGGUGGGAAGGGGGCGAAGUUGUAGGUAGGUAGGUAGGUACUAAGUAGGGUUUUGAGGGAAUGGUGGUGAGACAUGUUCUGUUCCUGGUGAAUGGGAUGGAUAUUUGGUCUGGGAUUUUGUAUAUAGUUGAUAGGAGGGGGUGCGGUUAUACUGAGUGUUAUAUUAAGUGUCCUGGUGGCAUUUAUUGGCUGUUUAAUGUUGUGGAUGUGGAUGUGGAUGUCUUAUGUAUCAGAUGGCUGGUGUAGAGGUAGAUUGGACUACUGGGAGGAGCAGGUAAAUGUCAUCCAUAGGACCACGG